UUUAAACCUUUCUUUUUUCUGUUCGCAAAGUUCAAGUUACAGUGUUGAGCUAAAGCCCCACUCCAUUAGGGCUACAGAGACGACUCCAUAGUUUCAUAGCUAGGGAGAGUUUCUUACUUUCUUAGUCUUAGUUUAGCAAUGGUAGCUGGGAAAGUGAGAGUAACGAUGGGGCUACAGAAGUCCCCAUCCCCAGCGCGUAGUACUAAGCCAGAGCCACAGCCGCCGCCACCGAAGCCGCCGUCGCCGUCUGUAAGCUCGGGGAAGUCGUCGCAGAAGGCGGUGUUCUCCCGCUCCUUCGGCGUCUACUUCCCGCGCUCCUCCGCGCAGGUCCAGCCGAAGCCGCCGGACGUGGCGGAGCUGCUCCGGCUGGUGGAGGAGCUCCGGGAGCGGGAGUCGAGGCUCAAGACGGAGCUGCUAGAGCACAAGCUGCUGAAGGAGUCGGUGGCGAUUGUUCCGGUGCUGGAGAACGAGAUCUUCAACAAAGACGAGGAGAUUGCGAGGGUUUCUAGAACGGUCGAGGCGUUGGAGAUGGAUAAUAUGAAGCUGAGGAGCGAGGCGGAGGCGUUCAGGGCUUCGCUGGAGGAGAGCGAGAGAAAGGUGGAGGUAAUGGAGGCGAAAAUGAAGGCGAUUGAGACGGAGAUUUCGGAGAUGAAGAAAACGGCGUCGGAUCGGAUGAUAGAGAGCGACGAGUUGAUGCUGUCGUCAUCGCAGAGAUUUCAGGGGCUGAUGGAGGUUUCUGUUAGGUCGAAUCUUAUUAAGAAUUUGAAGAAGGGAGUGAAAUGUACUGAGAGUCAGCUAAAGCUGGAACGCUCCGAUUCGAAGAGAGGGGAGGUCGAGAUUGAAAUCCCUAGAUCACACUCCAGGUCUAACUCGGAGGAUUUCGCCGAGUCGACUCUGUCCACUACUCUCAGAUCUCGCAUCCCUAGGGUUCCGAAACCUCCACCGAGACCGUCGUCGUCGUCGUCAACCUCCGGUUCAUCAACAGGAGAGCAAGCCAUUCCACCCCCGCCACCGCCGCCGCCGAGUCAGGCGAAAGCAGCACCUCUACCUCCGCCACCGCCGUCGCGUUCGGCGCCUCCUCCUCCUCCGCCGCCGCCGAAGGGGAGGAGGACGGUGACGGAGAAAGUGAGGCGAGUGCCGGAGGUCGUGGAGUUUUAUCACUCGCUGAUGAGGAGGGACUCGAGGAGAGACUCCGGUAAUGGAGGUUCCGACGCACCGGCAACGGCUAAUGCCCGUGAUAUGAUCGGAGAGAUUGAGAACCGGUCUGCUCACUUGCUCGCUAUCAAAACCGAUGUAGAAACGCAGGGAGAUUUCAUAAGGUUUUUGAUCAAAGAAGUCGAGAAUGCCGCGUUUACAGACAUUAACGAUGUGGUGCCUUUCGUCAAAUGGCUGGAUGAUGAGCUCUCUUAUUUGGUGGAUGAAAGAGCUGUGCUUAAGCAUUUUGAUUGGCCGGAGCAGAAGGCCGAUGCUCUACGUGAGGCAGCAUUCGGCUAUUGCGAUCUCAAGAAGCUCCAAACAGAGGCUUCUUCGUUCCCUGAUCAUUCGCGCCAGCCCUGCGGUCCAACCCUUAAGAAGAUGCAGGCUUUGCUUGAAAAAUUGGAGCAUGGUGUUUACAACCUUUCGAGGAUGAGAGAAUCCGCAACGAAGAGAUACAAAGUAUACCAGAUUCCUACUAAUUGGAUGCUGGAUACUGAGUUCGUAAGCCAGAUCAAGCUGGCAUCUGUAAAAUUGGCGAUGAAGUAUAUGAAGAGAGUCUCUGCGGAGCUUGAAAUAGUAGGUGGCGGUGGCCCUGAAGAAGAAGAGCUGAUAGUUCAAGGGGUUCGCUUUGCCUUCCGUGUGCAUCAGUUUGCUGGUGGAUUCGAUGCCGAAACAAUGAGAGCGUUUCAGGUAUUGAGAGAUAAAGUGAGAUCAUGCCAUGUACAAUGCCAAAACCAGCAACAGCAGAAAUUUGUAUGCAAGUCGACGACACCAUGCUAAUCUCUGUAGCACCCUCAGCUUCAGAAAUUGCUCUGAGUUUUUGUUGUAAAGAUAGAACAUCCUGUUUGUGAAUACAACGGCAGCGGCCAUGCCAUAAUGCAUUCAUAUUUAUUCA